AAUCAUGAAGCCAAAUCUGCCUGUGGAUCUUUCAAAAUAGGAAUGGAAUAAAUCACAGCAAAAUAAGCCAAUUAAAAAACAAGGGAGGAAGAUAGCGCAGAGAAACGCCUCGUAACGCUCACUGCUCUGGCCUCGGGGGCUUCGCAGUCGGUUCUUCUUACUCAGAUCUCUUGUUUCUUUUUUCGCCUUCAUGUUCUUAUGUAAUGGCGAAUAUGCCGCCGACUACCUCUCCGUCUCGCACCACUUGCGGUUCUCUACUCCGGGAAUUGCAGAUAAUAUGGGACGAAAUUGGGGAGAGUGACAGCGACAGGGACAAGAUCCUUCUACAACUCGAGCAAGAGUGCCUCGACAUUUAUCGGAAGAAGGUUGAAAAUACAAGAAAGUACAAGGCUGAUUUGCGUCAGUCAUUAGCCGAGGCUGAAGCUGAAAUCACCAAUAUCGUCUCUUCCCUUGGGGAACAUGCCUCCUUUUCACGGGGAAGGGGCACUCUCAAGGAGCAAAUAUCUGCCAUAAAACCUAUUCUGGAGGAGCUGAGGUCAAAGAAGCAAGAAAGAAUUAAGGAAUUUUCAGAAAUCCAGUCACAGGUUGUUCGGAUCUGUGCAGAAAUAGCAGACAAUGGGCAAUCUAGCCUUUCUUCUGAUCCACGAGUUUCUGAAAGUGAUCUGACAACGAAGAAGUUGGGAGAGCUUAAGUCACACCUUCUGGAACUUCAGAAUGAAAGGAUUUUCAGAUUACAAAAGGUCACCAGCCAUAUUAAAGCUGUCCAUGAGCUGUCAGCUGUAAUGUCAAUUGAUUUUUCUAAGACGCUAAAUGAAGUUCACUCAAGCUUGACUGAUCCCUCAGGUAGCCAAUCAAAGAGCAUCAGCAACGACACACUUGCUAGAUUAACGGGUGUGAUCCACACACUAAAGCAGGAGAAACAACAAAGGCUACACAAGCUUCAAGAUCUUGGGAGGACACUGGUAGAGCUUUGGAAUCUCAUGGAGACAUCACUAGAUGAGCAAAAAAGAUUUGAACAUGUAACUAGCUUAAUUUCUUCCUCGGUUGAUGAGGUAUUAAGACAAGGGUGCCUCGCUCUAGAUGUCAUUGAAAAGACUGCACUUGAAGUUGAGCAAUUGAAUGUGCUGAAAGCCUCAAAGAUGAAGGAGUUGGUGUUCAAGAGGCAGAUUGAACUGGAAGAAAUCUACAAUGGGGUUCAUAUGGAUGUAGAUAGUCAUGCAGCACGACAGAUUCUCAUCAGCCUCGUAGAUUCUGGUAAUGUGGAUCUCUCUGAUCUUCUUUCAAGCAUGGAUGAUCAAAUUGCAAAAGCGAAAGAGCAAGCACUAAGCAGGAAGGAUAUCUUGGACAAGGUAGAGAAGUGGAGAUAUGCAACUGAGGAGGAGAAAUGGCUUGAAGAAUACGAAAGGGAUGAGAAUCGAUACACUGCUGGAAGAGGAGCACACAAAAAUCUGAAACGUGCUGAGAAAGCACGGAAUCUGGUCAGCAAAAUACCAUCUAUUUGCGAAAAUUUGACUACAAAAGUAAAAGCCUGGGAGAUGGAGAAAGGAAUCCCUUUCUUAUAUGACAAGGUUUCCAUCUUGCAUAGCUUGGAAGACUACAUUGUACUACGCCAUGGAAAAGAAGAGGAAAAGCGUAAAUUUCGGGAGCAGAAACGGCUGCAAGACCAACUUGCAGCAGAACAAGAGGCCCGAUUUGGUUCAAGGCCUACACCAAAGAAGCCGCUGGGACAAAGCACCAGCGCUAACACUGUGGUUGGAACACCCACUGGUCGUCGUGUGACAACUCCUUCAGGCCGCCAAGGAAUAUCAGCUGGGAAGGAACAUAGAGAUGGCAGGAUCAAUAACAUAAUUCCUGUAAACUAUGUCGUACUUCCAAAGGAUGAUUCAGUCUCAAGGGGAACAUAGGCUGUUUUUCAAUGUUUUGACCUCAUUGUAAAUGAGUGCUUUUCUAGACUUCCACCCUCCCUCUCUGUAUCUUACAGUAGAAGAACUCUUUCUUUCCAUAUAAUAAGAAAUUACAACUCUCGAUAUAUAUAAUCACAAUAAUGUUAAUGGCUUCUGUUUCAGGAUUGAA